AUGUCUUUCACAUUACAAGUUCUUUUCUUCUUGUCACUUCCCUUCAUUCUUGCUUUACUUAUUCUAUCAUAUUUUUCGUCGUCAAAAUCCGUCAAAAACCUACCACCAUCUCCACCAAAGUUACCAUUAAUCGGAAACCUUCACCAACUAGGUUCGAGCCCACACCGCGCCCUUCAGGCCAUGGCUCAAACCUAUGGUCCACUCAUGUUGAUUCAACUUGGUACAGUACCGGUACUCGUAGCAUCCUCAGUUGAUGCAGCAAAACAAAUCAUGAAAACCCAUGAUUUAAUAUUUUCAAACAGACCCCAUUUAAACAUUCCUGAUAAAGUAUUUUAUGCAUGCAAAGACAUUGCAUUUUCAAAAUAUGGAGAGUAUUGGAGGCAGGUGAAGAGCAUUGCAGUACUCCAUCUUUUAAGCAACAAGAGGGUUCACUCGUAUCAACACGUUAGAUACGAUGAAAUGACUUUGAUGAUGGGAAAGAUUCGAUCGGCUAAUGGAUCGCCUGUUAAUCUUAGCGAGUUGCUUAUUACGCUAACGAAUAAUGUGGUUUGUAGGGUGGCUUUAGGAAGGACUUAUGAAGGGAGGAAGUUUAAGAAUUUGUUAGAAAGGCUUAUGGAGUCGUUAGGAGGUUUUAGCGUCGGGAGUUAUAUUCCUUCGCUAAGGUGGGUGGAUCGGUUGAGUGGAUUAGAGCGAAGAGCCGAUCAAGUUGCCAAAGAAUUUGAUGAGUUUCUUGAGGAUGUUCUUGAUGAACAUGUUAACAAGAAUAUGGACAAUGUUGAAGCCCGGGAUCUUGUCGAUAUAUUGUUGGAAUUUCGAAGAGAUAACGCCAAGGGUUUUCGACUCGAAAGAGAUAUGAUCAAGGCUUUAAUUGUGGACAUAUUUAGCGCGGGAACGGAUACUACAUUUACAAGCCUGGAAUGGGCAACCUGCGAGCUAUUAAGACACCCGCGAGCAAUGAAAGAAUUGCAAAAAGAAGUACACGAAAUAGGCAGAGGAAAAUCAGUAAUCGCCGAAGAUGACUUAGACAAAAUGCCCUACCUAAAAGCCGUCUUCAAAGAAGGCCUACGCUUACACACUCCACUUCCAUUGCUUGUUCCUCGUGAAUCAACCGAAGACAUCAAACUAAACGGAUACGACAUCCAGUCAGGUACUCAAGUGUUGAUUAACGCAUGGGCGAUAGCAAGAGAUCCUUCCGUUUGGGAAGAUCCCGAGGAGUUUAGACCAGAGAGGUUCUUGAACAGUCCCAUCGAUUACAAAGGGUUUGGUUUUGAGUUGAUACCGUUUGGUGCUGGACGACGUGGGUGUCCUGGUAUUCAAUUUGCAAUGGUUGUUAACGAGCUUGUUUUGGCGAAUUUGGUGUAUAAGUUUGAUUUGACGUUGGCGGGUGACGAGGGUAUGGACAUGACUGAGACCAAUGGGAUAACGGUUCAUAAGAAGCGUCCUAUCGUAGUUUCGGCAACUCCUUGUUCUUAAGCGAAUGUUGGUUUUUAUUUUUAUCGGCUAAUUUUAAAUAAAAGAUUUGUUUCAAAUGUCUUAACUAUUAGUGUUAAAUGUUACUAUUUUAAGCAUGGUUUUA